CGUCUCUGAGAGCGAUGUUGAGUGGUAACGCCGGCUGGAGUGAAGGGACUGGUUCCAGAUAUCCUCCGGGCAGCGAGCGGCAGGGGACUGGAGGGUAAAAUCGAGGGGAGGAAGACAGUGCUGGGGAGGAAGCUGGAGGAUUUAUGCUGCCAUUUAGGAACCCAGGGCACUGCCGAUGCCCAUGACAAGAGGAAACCGAGUGAUGCAGCCGAACCAGCAAGGCGCCCAGCCUAGAAUGGAGGCCAUGGAAAAGUGGGACCCUAACUGCCUCGCAAAGCCACCACUCCCACAAAAGAAGCGGAGCUGGUAUCUGGCGUGGAAGUACAAACUCAGUAACCAACGGGCAGUGCGGCGAAUGUGCCAGACCGUGGGGGUGCUGUUUCUGCUCGUAACAGUUAUUGUAAACAUCAAGCUGAUCUUGGACACAAGGCGGGCAGUCAAUGAAGAAGAGAUGGAUCAAGAGUACGAUGUUGUGGAGAAUGUAGAAUCCCCUCAUCGACCAGCUGGUGGUAAAAAAGUCCUGGAUGUUGAAGUCUACUCUAGUCGAUCAAAGGUGUAUAUAGCUGUGGAUGGGACAACGGUGCUUGAAGAUGAAACAAGAGAGCAAGGAAGAGGAAUCCAUGUGAUUGUGUUGAAUCAAGCAACGGGCCAUGUAAUGGCAAAGAGAGUCUUUGACACCUAUUCCCCCCAUGAAGAUGAAGCAAUGGUGCUUUUUCUGAACAUGGUGGCCCGUGGACGCGUUUUGAUCUUCACCGUGAAGGAUGAAGGUUCGUUCCAUCUGAAGGACACCGCUAAAAACCUUCUGAAGAGUCUGGGUAGCCAAAUAGCUCCAUCUCUUGGUUGGAGGGACAUGUGGACCUUUGUGGUAAAGAAAGGAGGGCAGAUUUAUGGUGAGAAACACUCUAAAUCCCCUGCCUUAUCUACUUGGGGUGAUCCAGUACUGCUCAAAACGGAUAUCCAGCUUGUCCCUCCUGAAGAAGCAGAAUGUCACUGGCCCGAUACAGAGCUAAACAGAAGGCGGAAGAGAUUCUGUAGUAAGGUGGAGGGCUAUGGCAGUGUCUGUAGCUGCAAGGACCCAACCCCGAUUGAAUUCAACCCAGUCCCUCUAAAAGAAAACAAAGUAUCCAAUGUUCCCGUGGCUGUUAUUGCUGGGAACAGGCCAAACUACCUGUACAGGAUGCUGCGUUCUCUUCUCUCUGCCCAGGGCGUGAACCCACAGAUGAUAACAGUCUUUAUAGAUGGAUAUUACGAGGAACCAAUGGACGUCGUGGAGUUAUAUGGUUUGAAAGGCAUCCAGCACACCCCUAUAAGCAUUAAAAAUGCACGUGUGUCCCAGCAUUACAAAGCCAGCCUGACGGCCACGUUUAACCUUCACCCGGACGCCAAGUUUGUUAUUGUCCUUGAAGAAGAUCUGGAUAUCUCGGUAGAUUUUUUCAGUUUCCUUAGUCAAACAAUUGAUUUGCUGGGAGAGGAUGAGAGUCUGUACUGCAUCUCUGCGUGGAAUGACCAGGGAUACGAGCACACUGCCGAAGAUCCGUCCCUUCUGUAUAGAGUGGAAACCAUGCCAGGUUUAGGCUGGGUUUUAAGAAAAAACCUUUACAAGGACGAACUGGAACCAAAGUGGCCAACGCCUGAAAAAUUGUGGGACUGGGACAUGUGGAUGAGGAUGCCUGAGCAGAGAAAGGGCCGGGAAUGCCUUAUCCCAGAUGUUUCAAGGUCAUAUCAUUUUGGCAUUGUAGGUCUCAACAUGAAUGGCUAUUUCCAUGAAGCAUAUUUUAAAAAGCACAAGUUUAACACCGUUCCUAAUGUGCAACUAACGAAUGUGGACAGCUUGAAAAAGGAUGCCUAUGAGAUUGAAGUCCACAGAAUACUCAGUGAGGCUGAGAUGUUAGAUCACAGCAAAAACCCCUGUGAAGAUUCCUUUGUUCCUGACACCGAGGGAAAGACGUACGUGAUAUACAUUAGGAUGGAACAAGAAGCCGACUUUACUACAUGGACUCAGCUUGCAAAGUGCCUGCAUAUAUGGGACCUAGAUGUCAGAGGGAACCACAAGGGACUCUGGCGUCUCUUUCGAAAGAAAAACCAUUUCUUGGUGGUUGGGUUUCCUUUCUCGCCAUAUUCGGUUAAGAAACCACCGUCUGUGACGCCUAUUUACCUGGAACCUCCUCCCAAAGAGGAAGCAGCAGCUGCUGGUGUCGACCAAUCCUGACACUUGAAUGUGAACCGUCGAAUAACUGCCGUCCAAUAAGCAGAGGCGCAUCUUCCAGCGGGGCCAUGUUGGGCCUGGCCAAAACGUCCCUUGGAUCGUGCUGGACAUGGGACUGCACCGUCCUGUAGCAUUUUUUUUUGUACAUUCAAAACUUUAUUUUGUUGAUGGGAUGAUCCACUGACAUUUCAGACUUCUUGUUGAGUGAAGACUCAACUGUCUACAGAAAAAAAAAACUAGUUGGUUCCAGAAGAUUCUGGAAGACGCUAUUUGAGAGGGCAAGCACUAAUGUUAUUCCUUGCUUCGGUUCAAGGCUAGUUCUAUCAAGUCUUCAUCAGACAUAAAGCGAAAGAUGUUUUUUUUUCCUACUAUGUUCACUGCCGCGAAGACUUGUUUUUUUUUUUUCUGGAGAUGCGUUGUAUUUAUUAUUGAGAGAGAAACGUACUUCCUUCUUCUCAUUUUAAGAUUUUAGUGUGUGAGCCCGAGCCGAACCGGCCCUUAUUGGAAAAUCGCUAAGUGGGUGUCUAGUUCUGAGCCCUUGCUCCGGACUGAAUGAACAGGACCCAUGUCUGCCAGUAUUUGUAGUGAUGUCUCUUCGCUGAGUUUGGCCUGCUGACCUAUUGACAGUCGCCACGCUCAUGCAGUGCCUUAUUACUGUGUGUUACUUAGCUCGCAUGUUGUAUAUGUCAAUAUUUCCCUUUAAGCUUUUGAAUUAUCCCAUUGAUACCAGGUGCGCUUUCAAGUUAAUUUGUCUGUCUGAGAUAUUCCAUCUGAAAUAGUUAUCAGGUCCAAAAUAACCCCUCACACUUUCUAUAUCACCACGU